CACUCACACAAACCUCGGUCACACGAAGAAACGGUAAACUGAAAGUGCCUCUGCUCAGUGUGCGGAAGCUAGGCUAACUCUCCUCUUUUAGACAGGACGGACCAGGUGCUGCAGAAAAAUGUCUCGAAGAUAUGAUUCCAGAACAACGAUAUUUUCACCUGAAGGGCGGCUCUAUCAGGUGGAGUAUGCCAUGGAGGCCAUUGGACACGCAGGCACAUGUUUGGGGAUUCUGGCCAACGAUGGAGUCUUGUUGGCAGCAGAGAGACGCAACAUCCACAAGCUCCUAGACGAGGUUUUCUUCUCAGAGAAGAUCUACAAACUCAACGAGGACAUGGCUUGCAGUGUAGCUGGAAUCACAUCUGACGCCAACGUCCUCACGAAUGAACUGCGUCUCAUUGCACAGAGGUAUUUGCUGCAGUACCAGGAGCCGAUCCCCUGUGAACAGCUGGUCACGGCUCUGUGCGACAUCAAACAGGCCUACACACAGUUCGGAGGUAAAAGACCCUUUGGUGUUUCUCUGCUGUACAUGGGCUGGGACAAACACUAUGGUUUCCAGUUGUACCAGAGCGACCCCAGCGGUAACUAUGGAGGCUGGAAGGCAACAUGCAUCGGCAACAACAGUGCGGCUGCAGUGUCCAUGCUAAAACAGGACUACAAAGAGGGAGAGAUGACUCUGUCCUCUGCUCUGGCCCUGGCCGUCAAAGUCCUCAACAAAACCAUGGACGUCAGCAAAUUAUCUGCAGAAAAAGUGGAAAUUGCCACUCUCACACGAGAAGACGGUAAGACAAGGAUCAAGGUCCUGAAGCAAAAGGAGGUGGAGGAGCUGAUCAAACGCCACGAGGCCGAGGAGGCCAAAGCUGAGAAGGACAAGAAGGACAAAGAGCAGAAGGAGAAGGACAAAUGAGCUUCUCCUGUUCACUCUAUACUCUGUUUGUUCUGUCUUUUACAUUAAAAGUUUACUAUGUUA